AUGCGCUCGCUAUUUUCGUCCCCGUUGGUCCAAGGAAAACAAAAUCCCGCCAUGACGUCUCUGAAAACCACCCCCGUCGCCAGGUCGAACGAGUUCCCCGUCGCGCUCAAGGGGAAACGCAUUUUGCUGGCCACUGAAUCGCUGGGCCCAGUCAAUGGAGUCAGUCGCACGACAAGCAUGCUGAUCGAGUACUUGCGCCUCAACGGCGUCGAGGUGGCCAUUGUCGCUCCUCGCUAUGAGCAAAAGGGCCGCCAUUUUUCCCUCUCCUCAGCAACUACCGUCACGUCGCGCCCGCGCUCCGAGUCUGAAGUGCGCCUACACGGCUAUCCGCUGCCCUACAACCCGGAUCUGACUGUUGUAUACCCCUUUCGCUUCGACCGCGUCUGCCAACGGACCUUCCAGCCGGACAUUGUCUACUUGGCCAGUCCCGCCUCGGUGGGAUACCAGUUCCUAUGGCAGAUCCGCCAACUGCGAGAGCCGCCCGUCGUGGCCCUGAAUUACCAGACCGACCUGGCUGCAUACUCGUCCAUUCUCCUUCCAGGCCCCAUGGGUCGCUUUGGAACUUGGCUAGUCAAUCGCGUCCAGGGUUUUCUGUUCAAUCACCCGUCCGUCGAGACCAUCUUCUAUCCUUGCUCCGACGUGCGGGCCUACCUCGAAGAGGCCGGGGCGCCUUCAAACCGCCUUGUCCAGCUCGGCCGAGGCGUCGAUACCGUUACAUUCAACCCCAAAUACCGCGACGAGGUUUAUCGACGCCAGCUCGCACCAAACGGCGAACUGAUAUUGGCAUACACCUGCCGUUUAGCCCCCGAGAAGGGCUUUGAGUUUCUUGCUGAUGUUGCCAUUCGAUUGGCCAAGGAAGGGCUCCCUUAUAAGCUUUUGGUGGUUGGAGGCAACAGAAACCCGGCCGUCGAGGCAGACGUGCGUAGCCUCUUCGAACCAGUCCGAGACCAUGUCAUCUUCACAGGCUUCCUCGGCGGCGAAUCUCUCGCUCGAGCAUACGCCGCCGCCGAUGUGUUUUUGCAUUGCUCCAUAACCGAGACCUUUGGUUUAGUCGUUCUUGAAUCCAUGGCGAGCGGAGUGCCCGUCAUUGCGCGCGACCAAGGAGGUCCGUCAGACAUUGUCAAGGACGGCGAGACAGGAUAUCUAGUGGCCCCUGACGAUCUCGACACAUUCGUCCGCUUAACCCUGCGCCUCGCUCGCGACGAAACUCUGCGAAGAAACCUCGCCAUCGCCGCACGCGCCUUUGCGGAUGAGACCACAUGGGAUAAAAUCAACUGCCGCGUGGCAUGGCAUCUAGUCGAAGGGAUGGAAACCCACAAACGACGCCUCGAGCUGCGAAGAGCCCAGCAGCCGAUCCGCAACUGGAUUGCCACCCGCUACCGCGAGGCCGAGAGUUAUAUCCUCUGGCCCGUGAUCGAGCAGUUGCGCGUGAAUGCGGCUAUUGGGUUUGUCUUUUUUAUGUGGCUUAUUGCCGUUGUGCCUCUGAUUUUGCAUGGUAGUCGGCUUUUCAACUUUUUCUCUGCGAUACCCCUUAUGUUUCAGAAAGCGCAAAAGGAUCGUUUACUGCGAUGA